GUCGGUCGUUCCUCGCAAUUUGGUACUCGAACUUCUCGGACUAUCUUGAAUUGCGGUUUCUUCCUCAUUUUGUGUGAUUCAUCUGUCAUCAUAUGAGCAAUGGUGGACAGGCUUGUCAAUAGCGAAGUCAACGCAAGGCGAGUAGCAAAUGUGGAGCAAUGUUUUGGAAAAAUGGCUAAACCUCUCAACUUAUUUGGAAGAGUUUUGGUUGGAGAAGGAGUGUUGGUAAAAAUGUGUAGGAAGAAGCCUAAACAGCGACAGUUCUUUCUGUUCAACGAUAUACUGGUUUAUGGAAAUAUUGUUAUAUCUAAAAAGCGUUAUAAUAAGCAACGAAUCAUAGCUUUGGAAAAUGUGGAAUUAGAAGAUUUACCAGAUGAAGGAGCUAUGAAAAAUGGUUGGAUAAUCAAAACACCUGAAAAGUCAUUUGCCGUUUAUGCAGCAACUCCCACAGAGAAGAGAGAAUGGAUGUCCCAUAUAGAACGUUGUGUUGCGGAUCUGUUGGAAAAAGGUAACAAAAAGCCUGCUAAAGAGCAUGCGGCGGUGUGGAUUCCAGACGGAGAAGCAGCGCGAUGUAUGGCUUGUGGACGCACCCAAUUUAAUGUUGUUCAGAGGAGACAUCAUUGUCGUUCAUGUGGAAAGGUGGUUUGUGGUCCAUGCUCUACACAUACUUACCGUAUCGAUAGUCUGAAUAAGAAGCCUGUUAGAGUAUGUGAUGCGUGUUUCACUCGGUUGAGCGGUGUUGUGAAUAGUAGGCCAGUAUCUUCCACGGAAGUUGCACCUAGUCCAAGAGAGAUGUUCCCUGUACCACCACCAAGGUCAAAUUUCCAUGUUGCGGAUGUUAGCGAAUCAUCAUCUGAAUCGGAAGAAGAUGCAGUUUCAACAAAAGAUGAUAGCAAGCCCACUUUCUACCGUGAAGGCGUUGCUCAGUAGCAAAUCGAACGAAGACGAGACAUUGUACGAUAUACAAUCUCACCUUGGCAAGCAACCGUGUGUGAUACAGAUUAAGUCAGAUUUGCAGUUUAUGUAUAUAAGAUGAAGAAUUUUACUCGAUGCAUGACCUUCCACUUUCUUCAAUAAGUAUUGUAGAAUUUAUCAAAUGCGUGCAUGCUGUAUAGCUAUUGUGCUCAUAAGUUUGAAGUGUUCUUCUAAUAGCUGAUUGCUAUGAUGCAAUUGAUUAGUCCUAUGCUAUUAUUAUCACGGUGCGUCAAUUCAAUUUCCGACCCUCAAAGCCAAAUUUUUCGUAAUUUUGAAAUUUCUUUGAGUAGAUUGCGCAAUGUGAUAUGAUACCAAUUCUGUGAUUUUGUUUACCUUGCAA